AGAGCGAUCCAGCUUUGCCUUUUUGGUACCCCCGUUUUCGACACAACGCAGACAGCCAGUUCACAGCCAUGGCGGGCAUGACCGUGCUCCUCACUGUGCUGGCGGUGCAGCAGGCGACUGCAGGGCGCCUGAGGAGCGUGGACCGCGCGGUGCAGAACGGCACCCACGCGCUCGCUGGUGGCUGGACGCCAGAGCCGUGCGGGGAGCUCCCUGAAGGCGUGCCGUGCCGGAACCUCUACGAGCACCCCGCCGGCUCCACCUACGUGGGCCCGUGCCCGGUGGAGUCCUACGCGCACAGCGACGGCUGCGCCGCCCAGUUCGAGGGGAAAUCCGACGCGGACAAGUGCCCCCAGCUCAGCUGCCCCAAGGCCCUC